AGACUUAUUCGCCUUGAAAAUUUAAACUAAUAAAUUCAAUCUACAAUGCUAUAAAGAAUAUUCGUCCCAUUUCAAAAAAUAGUGUUUAUUUAGCUUUCAAUCUAUUGUUCGUAAGCCAACUGUAUGCUAUUUCACUUGUACCAAAAAAAAAAACUUAGCGAGAAAUACUUUUUUUCUACUCUUUAAAUAGUUUUAAAAACUCAAAAUUAGUUUUUGGUUUACACCACAUCAACCAAAACAGCUCUAUAUUCAGGCACAAGUAAAAAACUUCAUGGUUUUGAGAGUCGAAAGUUGAAGUAUAUUCAAUUAUAAAGUUCAGAAUUAGUUUUCUAUAUUACCACAAAACAAAGGAGUUAUAAAAUGGACUCGUUCCUUUAUUCUACUCUGGUUAAUUUCCUGGUUAAAAAAUGAGUAGGCAAAAACCACCAAGUGCAAGAAUUAGACAAACACUACCUUAAACAAAGUACAGAUAACAAAAAUAAAUUAACAGGUACGCAAGCUUUUCCCUCCAUGAACUAAGUUUAACGGUAACCAAUAUCGUUUAAUUAUAUCCGUCGGAUCUCGCUUGGACGGUGGAUCAAGCCAUUGCAGCCUCUCCCGUUCUCCCAUCCGCGAGGAACCCACAAAGCCACAAGCGCUCAAUACAAAUCUCACUAUAAAUCUCCCCUCCUCUGCUUCGGUGUCAGGAUCAAACAAGAAAUCAAAUACCACGCAUUCCCCAUUUCCCCAGUUCGCCGAGGUGAUCAAGCAGUGCGUCGUCGAGCGGGGCGAGGUUUUAGAGGAGGACGACGGCAUCGUCGACGCGGGGACGCUGAUGCCGAUUCAAGAAGGGCUCAGCAUGGUGGACGAGGUGGGCGGUGGCGGGGGCGUCGCCGACGAACACCUGCCGCCCCACGACGUGGACAGGCUUGUCCUCGUCGCCGACGAGGGCGGCCACGGCGCUUACCGGUGGCUCCAAGAAUUGGGGGCAGAGGAGGAGCAGGUCGGCGCCUCCGCCGUCGCCGAUGGCAAGGGUGCGUUCAACGGCGACGCCAAGAACGAUCGGGAAGCGCCGCUCCAGGGUGCGGGGGCCUCCGCCGUCGCCGAUGACAAGAGCGGCCUCCCCGACGCUAAGAACGGUGACAAGAAGCGUGGCCUCCCCGACGCCUCCAACAACAAUGCCGGGAGGCAGCUCCAGGGUGCGGGAGCGGCGGUGGAGGACAAGGGCGGCGCUGCCCUCCUCGUCGCCGGUGAGCAGCCACCCCCGCAAGAAGUCGCCGCCCAGGCCGGCGAGGCCGCCCCCGACGCCCAUUGGCUGCAGCCACCUCUGCAAGAAGCCGUCGCCCACGUCGGCGACGGCGAGGCCGCCCCUGACGCCCAUUGGCUGCAGCCACCACUGCAAGAAGCCGUCGCCCACGCCGGCGAGGCCGCCCCUGACGCCCACUUGCUGCAGCCACCAAUGCACGACGACGAUGACGCCGACGACGCCGAUUGGCCUGAUUGGGACGCCUUCGAUCAAGAUUGGGAGGGCUUCGAUCAAGAUUGGGACGCCGACACCGACAAGACUGCGGCAUUGCAGGAGGAAGACGAGGAGCCGCCCGUCUCCAUCGUCGCCGGCGAGACACCUCCGCAGCACGGCCCUCUCCUCUCGUUCUUCGUCGAGUGCGAUCAGGCAGGGAGAGGGGAGAAGCCGUGCACCAGCUGCUUCGAGGGCUCGAAACCACGGAGUUUGUCGUCAGGCUCCAUGAGGCCCCACUACUGUACUUGCCAUCGCAAGCUGAUGCGCAGCAAGGACAGGGUGGAAUGCUCCUACUGCCACAACUUCUUCCAAAAUCUUGCCGACUACUACCGUCAUAAGAAGAACAUCCAUGGGAAGUGAGCAAACAGUUCUUGGGUCAGGAGAGUAAAUGUUCAGAGGGAACAGUUUUUGGGUCAGCAGACAGUUCUGUGAGUAGAUGUACAGUUCACAAUUCCUGGGUUAGAAAUGUUCUCUGCUUAGAAUCCAUGUUAGACAGUUCACAAUUCCUGGGUUAGAAAUAGGAUGUGCAGAGAAAUCCAGACAACUGUUGGGUUAGAAACAGAAAUUUGCAGUUUGUUUCGUGAUGUCAUGGAGGUAGGAUUUGGGUAGAAAUUCUGAGAUUGUUUGACUGUACAGGAAGCUGCAUUUUUACGAUAUGAUCUAUAUAUAUUCGAGGUGGUACUAUCAUAUUUCGCUUCUCAACUCAAGCUCAGAUUUGAUUUUUUGAAGGAACAAAUGGUAGUUGCUCAAGAUUUAAAGAGCCUGAAGAUGUUCAUUCAAAUGAAACUUCAAUACUAUUUUUCUUCUUCACCAGAGUAACAAAGCAACAUGACAAACAUGUGUAAGAGUUCACCACUAUAAAAAAAACUGCAGGUAGCUCCGGACAAGCUGAUGAAGGAUCAACUGACAAAUACAUCACCGAUACAGAGUCUUUCUUCUGUCAAAACUGAAUCUGGGACUUGGUCAAGUGGCCUGAAGUAAAAAAGAAGACUACUUGACAUUGAGGUCAAUGGAACAUCUACAACACUAUAAGUUGAUAUUUGCUUGAUGAACUCUGAAGGAACUUUUAAAUGCUACUCUUCUAUCAUUUUUAUUACUGUUGUUCACCAAAGAGAAUGUAAAAACUCCAGUGUCCACCGCAGAGUCGCAUGAAGAGCCACAGGAACUUC